AUGCCUAAUGCAUUCGCGUUUUCGGGGUCAACAUAUCGCAGAGUCGGGCAAACUCAUCCAAAUGAGGAGAAGAACAUCGACGAAGUCAACCUCGAGGACAAUGCACCUCAACUCGGCCAGGAGACUAUACCUUCUGAAGAAACGCAUAAUUACGACUUCGCAGCAAUAGCUCGUCUAAUUCUCCUGCUUGCAUCACUUUUUGCGAUAGCUGUCAUUGCUGGCUUGGCGGCGCGUUACGAUACUCCAAAGCCGUCUCACACAAACAUAGAGCCCCCUUACCGCUAUGACAAGGUGGAACCGCGCGUGCGCCGCUGCGGACAUACAGCAUCUGAAGCCCGCUCUCAUGGCUGUAUCUUUUCGCCCGUGUCGUUCGCCUGGCUUCCCCCAAGUUGCGUGGACGCUGAACUGGAUGCUGAGAUUCGCACACAUCCGGAUUGGGUGCUUUACGCAGACUUGAAUAAGACGCGUGUCAAAAGUGAGACGGAAUGGGCCGCCGACAAUAGCAAAACGUGGCUAACUAAUCGCGCACAUAUGCUCCAUUGUGUCUUCUCGUGGCGACGGAUGCAUCGCGACUUAGUGGCGGGAAGGGAACUGCAUACAGGGCUCGGCAUGGCACAUACCAAGCAUUGUGCGAACAUCAUCAUGUGGAAAAGGGAUCCGGAAGAGAUUGUCACGGGAGCAAGGGUGAUUUACCCAGGAUGUUGA